GCCGGUGUCGAGCAGUGCAGCAGAGUCAAACGGAUUAGCAGAUACUCAACCUCAAGGAGUCAACGAUCGUCGAAUUAAAUAGAAAUGGCCGCCCACCAGAAGAUAGUGUUUGCCCUCGUUUGCCUGUUUUUGGCCUGUGAUUUGGUGCUUGGUCAGCAGCAGGCGGCCAACAGCUCGGACGCGGAUUCAGAUGUGGCGGAAAGCCGUACUUUUGGCCAUCAUUUCCUGCGGCGCAUCAGCUUCGCCCUGGUGCCCGGCGCCUUCGUCGUGGGCGUGAUCACCACCCUGCUGGCGGCCUUGACCGUGGUCUCCAUCAAGGGACUGGGCGUGGGAGUCAUCCUGCUGGUGCUGGCCAUCGGCCAGAUGCUGUCCCGAGCCCUUCCCGUACAGGCAGCCGCCGCCUAUGCCGCCGCCCCCGUUCCCGUCCAGGCACCCGUGCCCGUGGUCUACUCCCACUCGCACACCCAGCAGCCCGUCUGGCUGGAGAAGGAGUGGUAGAUGACGUAGAUUACCUUUGACCUGGAUUUAAUGCAAGACGAGGAUUCCCGCUUACCUCAGCCUCAGCGAGCAUGCAACCAAAUAAUAAUUUAAGUCUAGUUUAAAUUAUUUAUUUAACUUAUUUAUUGAUUACAAGGAAAGGAUGGCAAGGGCAUUCAGCAGAGAAUUUUCGUUUGCGACUAAUAAUGGAGAUUAGUCUGCUGA